AUGUUGAGCGCCAGUUAUCGCUUGGAAUCCUUCCAGCCUUGUAACCUCCCCCAAGAGAAAGUACAGCCUUUACGGAAUCGCCUCGGUACUCGGUACCCAGGCCCAGUCUCCAUAUCUGCGACGCCUUCACCCUCCAAUCUUAGCAAUCCUAUUUCAGAGACUCAGGAGACAUAUGCUUCAAGACUUGAGCGACAUCCCCUACCUGUUCGCCCACCGACAGAGGUUUGCUUCAAUGGCGGUCCACAACCGAACGCUCAAAUCACUCGACACGAGCCGGAGAUAUUGGAGAAAACAUCUCCGACUUACCCUGGCCCUAACGCCUUUGAUUUUGAAGAUUCCCUAUACCUUAACGAUCCUUCAAAUGUUGGAGAUGGUGAUCAUACAAUGACACGCGAACAAAUCGUCCCGGAUUCUGAGCACCAAUCCCUCAGCUUCGACUCAAGUGGCUCGGAGCUCGCUUUCACUCCUGAGCAGCACUCUCAAUUUGAGGUUCCUGAAAUUCCUCUUGAAAGCUCUAUACAGGCCGGACACUUUGCCAAAGAUCUAACAAUCGAUCCGGCAAUCCCAGACGAUAAUCGUUCGCGCGAUGUUGAGCUAGCUCAAACAACACCAACUACCACUAUCGCCGCAGCCAUUCCACGCAGAAUCCCAGAUGAACACUCUCGCUCCCCGGUUCGAAAUGCCCAUCACCACAGCAGGCAACACGAUCCUCAAAGGCCAGUGAAAGUCGGUCAGCUGCCUGCCAAAAUCAGCAAAGUUUCAGUUGUCGUCGACAAUCGCCCCAAAAAAAGGGCCAGAUGGUCCACUCUGGAACUCGGCCGCAAGAACGUAUCUCUUCCGGCAUUUCGUGCUCAAUUCUCCGCCCUUCCGGCUGAGGAAAGAUUACAGUUCUUGUCCUGGUUGUUCGAGGGUGCCUUGUCUCAUUGCAUCCAUACGCCUCCGAGAAGGGAUACAGUCCCGACGCCUAGAUCUCAGCAUACAAGCAUAAUUGCUCAAGCGAUCGAUGCGGGACUUUCUUCGAGAAAAGGGCUACCAUGGUGCGAGGAAGAGGCUCGCUUACUCGUAAAACUCAAAGAAGAAAACCUUGCAUGGUCGGAGGUGACUGAGCGUUUCGGUCAGAAAUUCAGAGGAAGGAGUCAAGGCUCUUUACAGGUGUACUGGAGCACAAAGCUUAGGAAAUGA